ACUGAGAGGUAUUAUUUCGCUCAGAAGGAAGCAACCGAUACAAGUGCAUAUGAUGUGUUGGAAACUGUUUACCGCAUGGUACAAUUGUUCGGCUGUAGUGUCUCCAUGAAUUCGCAGAGUAUCGAGGGUAAAUACGAUUGGUAAAUAAAGCUCAAGAAACGUUUCGAUCGCCACAUUACGAUCGACCCAUCGUGUUUCACACUAUUAUAAACAAAAUAUAUCGAUAAAUCAGAUAAAAUCAAAUCUUUUUUCUCAUGAUUGAGAAACAGAAUCGAGUCGCUUCAGUUUUUGGAAAGCCUUAACUCACCAAAGAAAUGAGACGAGUUUUUUUGCUGAGUCGAAUAUAUUCAUUGUCGGGUCGACUUAUUUCCUUUCUGAGUGCAUCAGUGCGUUUGGCUGAGUCAUUGAAAAAUUCAAUGACCGAUUUGAUUGUGCCAAACAUGUUGCGUAUGUGGGAUAAUGAACAAGAAUCGACAAGAGCCAGGUUAAGUGCGUGCGAGCUGCAGUGCAUGUAUUCAGCCUCGACACAUGAUUGCUUGAUUAUGGCCUGGCAUCCAUUAAGAAUGCCAGCCAUGUUGGGAGCUCCAUCGUAUGCCUGUCCUGAAAAAUUUGAACAUGACAAAGAAGUCAAUAUUCGAUAUUCGAAUAGAGCAUAG